GGGCGCGGGGCGCCGGGGCCGGCCCGCACGGCGCCGCCGCUGCCCUUUCCUUCUCCCGCAGCGCUGCCCGGGCACCUUCUGCGCGGCCUCCUGCCGCUCCUCAACGUGUUCUACCUGGAGCGGGCCGAGGGCGCCGCGCGGCGCGCAGGCCUCUCAACGCAGCCAAUUUGGCGCAAGCUCUGGGAUGAUGUGAUGAAAAUCAGGCCACCCAACUCAGAGAAUGUAACCUGUUGGAGGAAGAAGUUCCUUGAAACAUUCUUCUUAAACGUUCUUCACGGCGUCUUGGAUGUUUCUUCCGACUGGCGUCUCAACGACCAUCAUUUUUCACCGUUGCUGCACAGCUCGCAGCACGUUACCCAGCUCACUCUCUGCAACAUGCUGCAGGCAGUGACCAAGCUCACUGCUGAACACAACCAAAAGGUACUCGAAAACCUGGCGGGCUCCCUGCGAAUACUGAAGUUUCAGCACCUGCUCUCCACUGACCAGUCUGUCAGACAUUCCCUGGUUUUACUUCUUCACCGACUGAUUCACCAUGGCUCUGUCAGCCAAGUGUCCGUGUACUCCUGGCCUGUUCCUGACACAGUUCUUCUCAUUCUCAUUUUGAGCAUGAGUGCUGGCUACUGGUGCUCGGGAAAGGUGCUUCCGUAUCGCAGCAGCCCCUGUGGCCUUUGCAGAGAGGACAGUGCCCAACGGCAGGAAUCAACACGAGAGCAAACGGAGCUGGAGCGUUGCGAUGGGAAGGAGCGGAGUGGCGACAAGGAGCUGCCGGCCUCCCUCGGAGCAUGGGGGGCUCAAGAGGGGCUGCCCGGGCGCGGGGCUGACGCUCCCCACGGCCCAGCCAUGUCUGCACUGCAAAGUGCUCCUUCCCCAGACGUGCUGCGUGAGGAGGGAAGCUCCGUGGCGUCCUGCAACCCCCCUGCAGGGUCUUCUCCCCGCUGCCUCGUGGAAGGGCCGUCCUGUCGGCCCGUCCUUCGGAAGCUCCGUAGGCGUCAGAAAGCUGCGGUGGGGAGGAGACGCCGCUGCCCCCGGCGAAGCAGGGGCGCGUAUGAUGACCAGGAAGACCUUUAUGAUUUUGUUUUUGCUGUUGCUAGAGAGAAUGCUUCAGAAUUACGUGGAAACAGUGUCACAGAAGGAGAAAACGCUGAUAACUGUUCUAGCUCCUCCACAGGAUCUCUGUGCUCCAGCAGUGCUGGUUGUAAGAAAAGAGGCAGCUCUCCUGGGACCUUCUCACUGAAAACUGCUCAGCGCUUCCGAAGCAUAUCCACACUGGAAUUGUUCUCCAUUCCUUUGACUGAGGAUGCCUGUUGGACUCUGAGUAACCUGCUGAGCUCCUGGGUGUCAUUAGAAAACCUGGUUCUGUCUUACAAUGGCCUGGGGGCGAACGUCGCGUGCCUCCUGUGGGCGCUGCGGGCCCUGUCGCGCCGGCCGGGCUGCCGCCUGCGCGUGCUGCGCCUCAGCGACGUCUUCUGCCACGUGCCCUGCGUGGAGCUGGUGCGCUGCGUCCUCAGCGCCCUGCCCCGUCUCCGCACGCUCUCCGUCAGCUUCGACCUCAAAAACCAGGCCGAGGGCAACGGGCCAGGAGGGAACCCGAGCUGCAGCGAGACGGAAAUCCCAGAGAGCUGCCUAGAGCAGCUGGAAAUCCGGUUCCCGCGGGAGCCUCUGCACACCGCGUUGCUGCUGCCGGUGCUGAAGGCGUCGCGGGCCCUGCAGCAGCUGUCCCUGGACAGCGCCGCUCUGCCCUGUCCUCGGGAGCUCCAGGACCUGCUGCGAGCGCUCAAAGAGUGCAAUCCAGACUUGAAGAAACUGAGCUUCCAUGAUGUGAACCUGGCUGACCACCAGAAAGAAGUUCUGCUUUUGCUUCAGGACCCCAUUCUGCAAGAAAUCACAUUCUCCUUUUGCCGGCUGUUUGAAAGUUGCACUACGGAGUUUUUGUCAGAAAUAAUCAAUACAGUGAAGAGAAACUCAUCUCUGAAGAGCCUCAAACUGCCUGGGAACCGCCUUGGGAAUCACAGACUGGUUGCCCUUGCAGACAUUUUCUCUGAAGAUUCCUCCUCUUCUGUUUGCCAGCUGGAUGUCAGCUCAAAUUGCAUCAAACCUGAUGGGCUCCUCGAGUUCACAAAGAAGCUGGAAGGCCACAUCCAGCAGAGAGGGGGUCACAUUAAAUUCACCCACCUGCAUCUCUUUCAAAAUUGGCUGGACCAGGACGUGGAGACAGCCCAGGAAGCCCUUGGGCGCCUCCGUGCCCUGUGCAGCGUGGUCAACGACACGUGGGACUCGUCCCAGGCCUUCGCCGACUACAUCAGCGUCAUGUGA